AUGAAAGCAGAGGAUCGCUUCAAGCAGCCGCACAAAGCCGCCAGCGCCAUGGACGCUGCGCACCACGUGGUGAUCGACAUGGCAGGAAGCGCCUCGUUGGAUGUGGCGCUCGCUCGUGAAGAGGCGCUGACACGUUUCCGAGACAUUAAUUGGGCGACGUACACGCGUGCGGGCGGGUUCAGCCUAGAGAAGACGGAGAUUGCUGCAUUAAAAGACCUGGAAAAAGUGAUCAAGUCCAGUCCUGAGGAGGCCGUGAACGCUCAUGCUGUAGAUGAGUUUAUGAGUGCUGCUGGCUCUUCGGUGGGCAGCGCCCUGCUCAAAUUAAUCAAGAACGUGACGGACCCUACAGUUCUCAAGUACUGUCUCGCUCGCAUGGAGGAACUGCUGCCGGAUGGACUGCGUCUGCGUAAGCGGAUGGUGUACUUUGUGCCAGAAGGCAGUACUGUGGAUGCAGCACCAUUCUUUAGGAUGAUACGCAAUGACACGGGCUAUAUGCAGUUUGCUGCUAGCCACUUGCUUGCCCUGUUUCUUACAAUCCGGCCAAGGCAGGACGAUGCCGAAGUUUUGAGCCAGUGGGCGAUUCAAGCUUUCACGACGGGCUCGUUGCAGGCCUCAACGAACGACCCGAACCGCGCAAACAGUACCCGUGCUGCGGCUGCGUCCUUGAUGGUGCUACUGCGCAAUGAGUCGUUGCGAGUGCUUUUCGUUAAACUAGGGGGCGUGGCUACCGUGGUGAACUUACUGGAGUGCUCCCAGAACCGCGCACAACUUGCGUAUGAGCUUACCUUCAUUCUGUGGACCUUGGCAUUCUGCGAUGAAGCUUUGGAAAAGUUUGCGGCUGCCAAUGCGUUGGACGCGAUCGUACUUCAAGUGGCGGCAGCCCCGCGUGAGAAAGUCGUGCGUGUUGCUCUAGAAGCUCUUCAGAACUUACUUGGCAAGCUGUGUGGCUACUUUAACGAACGCAUGAUCGAGAGCGGGCUUAUGAAGACUUUGAACAACAUGCGCGAACGGAAGUGGGCCGAUGAAGAUAUUGUAAAGGGUAUCCAAGCUGUCCGCGACGUGCUCAUUCGCGAGUACAAAGAAUUGAACACUAUGGAGCGAUACGAAAAAGAACUACGAACGGGAACUCUAAACUGGGGCCUCCUGCACACGGACAAGUUUUGGAAGGAUAACUUCAUGACGUUUGAGAAGAAGGAAUUUGAACUUAUCCGGUUGUUGAUUGACUUGCUGGAAUCUGACAAGCCCAGGACCGUGGCUGUGGCCCUUUUCGACGUGGGCGAGUUUGUGCGCUUCUACCCGAAUGGCAAACACAUUGCCAAGCGACUUGGAGCGAAGAGGGUAGCAAUGAAGCUUAUGACACACGAAGAUGGCGAAGUGCAGAAACAUGCCCUGCAGUGCAUCUCAAAGAUGAUGGUCAACAAGUGGGAGUUUGUCAAGUAA